AUGGGCUCCGUCGUACUUCCCCAUCUCAACACCGGCUGGCAUGUGGACCAAGCCAUUCUCUCAGAGGAAGAUCGCCUCGUCGUCAUUCGCUUCGGCCGCGAUUGGGAUCCCGAUUGUAUGCGCCAGGACGAAGUACUGUACAAGAUCGCCGACAAGGUGCGCAACUUCGCCGUGAUUUAUCUCUGCGAUAUCGACCAGGUUCCCGACUUCAACCAGAUGUACGAGCUGUACGACCCGUGCUCCCUCAUGUUCUUCUUCCGAAACAAGCACAUGAUGAUUGAUCUGGGAACUGGUGACAACAACAAGAUCAAGUGGGUUCUUGAGGAUAAGCAAGAGCUCAUUGACAUUUUCGAAACGGUGUAUCGAGGUGCCAAGAAGGGACGUGGUUUGGUCGUCAGUCCCAAGGAUUAUUCUACCCGACACAGGUACUAG